UGGUGUAGGAGGCACGGAGGCACUUGGAGGCUAAACUUUUGGGGUGGACGUGUGCCCGUGUGGGUUGCCAGGCGUUCAAAGCCGACGAAACCAGGCCGACUCCUUCAAAUCGAAUCUAUCCGCUAGUCUUUUUUUAGCCUAGCACGAUUUGAGCUCCAAUCCCUUUCUACAAAAUUUCCCAGUCUGCUUCAACCUCAAUCUUCUCUCUAUCAUUCCUGCAUCACGCAUCAACUUUCCCUCUCUCCACUCAUCCAUUCUCAUAUCCAGGAUCAGUCGCAAAGAUGUCUGGUGAUAUUCCUCAGGAACGCAAGUCCGUUAUGGGCUUGCCACCCUUUGCCAUCGAUUUCUUGAUGGGUGGUGUCUCUGCCGCCGUCUCGAAAACCGCCGCCGCUCCCAUUGAGCGUGUCAAGCUCUUGAUCCAGAAUCAGGAUGAAAUGUUGAAGACUGGACGUCUCGACCGCAAAUACAAUGGUAUCGUCGAGUGCUUCAGCCGAACUGCCAAGAACGAGGGUGUCAUGUCUCUGUGGAGAGGUAACACAGCCAACGUUAUCCGAUACUUCCCUACUCAGGCCUUGAACUUUGCUUUCCGUGAUACCUACAAGUCGAUGUUCGCCUUCAAGAAGGACCGUGAUGGAUAUGCCAAGUGGAUGGCUGGUAACCUGGCCUCCGGUGGUAUGGCUGGUGCCACUUCCCUGCUUUUCGUCUACUCCCUCGAUUACGCCCGUACCCGUCUUGCCAACGAUGCUAAGUCCGCCAAGAAGGGAGGUGAGCGUCAAUUCAACGGUCUCGUCGACGUCUACCGCAAGACUUUGGCUUCUGAUGGUAUUGCUGGUCUCUACCGUGGUUUCGGUCCUUCGGUUCUUGGAAUUGUCGUCUACCGUGGUCUCUACUUCGGCAUGUACGACUCCAUCAAGCCCGUUCUCCUGGUCGGUCCUCUUGAGGGUAACUUCUUGGCUUCCUUCUUGCUCGGCUGGGGUGUCACCACUGGUGCCGGUAUCGCUUCCUAUCCUCUUGAUACCAUCCGUCGUCGCAUGAUGAUGACGUCUGGUGAGGCUGUCAAGUACAAGAGCUCUCUCGAUGCUGCCCGACAAAUCUUUGCUGCCGAAGGUUUCCGAUCUUUCUUCAAGGGUGCCGGUGCCAACAUUCUCCGUGGUGUUGCCGGUGCCGGUGUCUUGUCCAUCUACGAUCAGGCUCAACUUCUCCUCUUCGGAAAGGCCUUCAAGGGUGGCUCUGGCUAAAUGCCAUCUCACCUCAUCCUGCCGACCAACACGGAAACCUCUACGACAUAUCGUUCAUAGCCGACAAUUAUGUCGUGACGGAUCAAGAUAAUCAGUGUUUGGGAUGGAGAGAAUUGGUGUGUGGAGACGACGAUGGAAGGAGCUCUCCACAACGGAGAGAAAUCUCACGGGGAGUGGAGAGGAGAAGAAGCUUGCUGCAAAUAGACAACCUCACGACAAUGCAACGCGAGAGGCGACAGCAAUCACUGGGCUGUGGGGAGUGUGUGGGGCGCCUUCGAUAUCCUGUUUUCCAUGAUGGGCUUGUUGGCGGGUUCUUCACGUUCAUUUCCGCUCUCGUCUGCGUUGUAGCCUCGAAUCUCAAUUGUACUUUACCCUCUUUACCCCACGACUGGUCUCGCUCGGCCAGAAUAUGUUGAUCAGUGAUGAGUGACCAGUAGACAACUACGUAGAUGAUUCAAGGCCGUGUAGUCAAGCGAACAAGACAUUGCGAUUAUCCUGG